CCCUCCCUCGCUCUUACCACGAAGCUCAAGCCGGACCUAGCUCAAGAAGAUCUAGAGCUAGCAUCCAGGCUUGAGAUCGAUAUAUACGAUCAUAUAUACGAUACGCACCGAUCGGGAGGUCGAUCAUCCAUGGGGAACUGCUUGAAGCUGCAGCGCGCCUCCGAGUCGUGGGUCGACGACGACGAGUGGGAGGUGGACGUGGUGGAGGGGAAGACGGCGGCCGGCGAGAACGAGAAGACGGAGCGGGUGGAGGUGAAGAUCAGGGUGACCAAGAGGCAGGUCCAGGAGCUGCUGCAGCAGGCUGCCCUGGACGGCAAGGGGAAGAGGGCGACGGAAAAGGUGCUGACGGAUCUGAUCAACUCCGGCACGGUGUGCUACCACGACGAUCACGAGACGAGGGGGCACUGGAGGCCGUCGCUGCAGAGCAUCACCGAAGCCGAAGAGCCUUGACUUCGAUAUGUAGGACAGUUCCAUGGAUCUCUUGAUUAUCAUGUGCGUAUAUAUAGUUGCUGUAUGUAGGAGUGCAGGCAUAGGUUUUUGGAUCGAGAUUCUAUUAGGAGAUGUACAGACUGCAGAAAUGCUGGUAGCAGAGAUUAUUUUUUGGGAGUUCCUCUUCUGGAAAUCUCUUAUAUUUUUCUACCAAUGUGUUUUUAGUCUGUAAUUAAUCCCGGGACCUUUCGAGUAUUCAGGGAUAGAGGAGACAUAUAUGAAAUGCUAUCUUCAAACGUAAA